AUGGCGUCUUAUGAUUUUAUCAACGAUGUUUUAUUAGAAAUUUUCUCGAGGGCUGAUUUGAAAACAAUGAAAAAGUGUAGGGUCCUUUCGAAAGAGUGCAAGGAUCUCACUUACGAAUCUAGCUUUAUCCGGCUACAUUCUCAAAGGACAUCAACAAUGGUGGGAUAUUUACUUCAAUGUAUGAAAAUCUUUGUUUACGGUUGGAGAGAUCGAUUUACUUCCAACUUUGUGUCAAUAGCCAAUUCAGGGCUCGAGCCAAAACUAACUCGGAAUGUUCUUAAUUUUUUACCCGAACAAGCUCAGAUUGUAGCAGCGGUCAAUGAAGGUUUGGUUUUAUGUAGCCCGAGAAUAUAUGGAGAAAACUGGUUUUAUAUUUGUAAACCAAGUACUCAACAGUGGGAAUUCAUUCCGGCUCCAAAUCCUCGAUUUUAUAGGUCAAAGAUAAGCAUGUUGGUGCUCAGAUCGAACCCUUUACGAUUCAAAAUCGUCGGACUCUCCGACACCGACUGCAGUGAUGAUACACACUCCGUAUCAGUCUCUGAAUCAGACUCCGAAUCGGACCUCGAUUCGGAGUAUUCCGACGAAGAAGUUAAUGACCGUGUAGUUUCCAAUGAAAAAUUAUGGCACUGCGAGAUAUUCGAUUCCAAGAGUUGGGAAUGGAAACAAUCAGACGAUUUAAAGUUGACAUACGAUGACUUUUUCAAGAACGAGCAAGGCGUUUCUGCAUGCGGCGGUAUCCAUUGGCUUAUUUCCAACAGAGAACAAGACAAGGACAUCGUAUUAUCUUUCGACGGUAACAAAGAGGAAUGGACAAUGGCUUCGUUGCCGAACUCACUUCGUCGAAAAGAAUAUUGUGAGCAGAUAGCACUUGUGUCGUGUGAAGGGAACCUGGGGUUAGUAAAGGUUUCUUUUAAAACUAGAGCUCAGAUGGUGGAUGUUUGGGUUUUAAACUAUGAACACAUAUGGAUUAGAAAACACACCAUGAAUUUGAACAAAGAGUGUUAUCUUACUCGUUUUCAUUCAUUUUACAGUGCUGACACUCUGCUUAUGAAGGAUAUUUGGAGUGUGUAUUUUUAUAAUUUCAAGACUCAGAAGUUCAAUCGGGUAACAGCUGAUAAUCAAGAUACAUAUGCCGCAUAUUUUAUUCAAACGGAUUUUGAGUCCGUUCAGCUGAAGCCUGAGUAA